ACCACGCUUUGAAGUUUCUCAAGUUUCCCUUACAUACAUUUCUAUUUUCUUCUUCUUUCUGGCUGCACCUUGGGCAUAUGGGAUCUUAGUUCCCUGACCAGAUACCAAACUUGUGUCCCCUGCAGGGGAAGUUCGGAGUCUUAGCCAUUGGGCCAGCUAAUGUGGGAAAUGCCCACAUUUCUAUUUUCAGUGGAGUGACUUAUUUUUUUAUAUGUGGUGUGGGGCGGGGCAGGGCGGGGUGGGGAGCGGGGAAGCUGUCUUCCAGGGCUCCCCACAUGAGAAAGAAAGGAAGAAAAGGAGAAAGAGGAAAUUCCUUCUGGUCCUGUGCUGUGUGCACAGGAUAAGUCUCGUUGGCGGCAGGCUGAGUCUGGAAGUUGGUGAAGCCGCCAGACCACGGCAGGGAAAGGGAUGGGGGCGGUCCAGUGGUAAAGACUUUGCCUUCCAAUGCCUGCAGGUUCGACCCCUGGUCUGGGAGCCAAGAUCCCACAUGCCUCUGGGUCAAAAGACUAAAACCUAAGACACAAGCAAUACUGUAACAAAUUCAAUAAAGACUUUAAAAAUGGUCUGCAUCAAAAAAAAACUUAAAAAAAAAGAAAAUCCAGCAAUCAGCCACUCACCAGGGCAGAGGCCAGGGGGUGCGGUGUCCUGGCUGGCGGCCCAGCCAGUCAUGGGGUGAGUAGGCUUCAGAAGUAUGGAUCGGACCCAAGUGGAGAGCAGGCAGGAGGGAGGCACAGGGAUGGAUCUUGAGCUCUUUCUAGACCUGUACUUGCCCCCCUACCAUGCCAUCUACAUUUUCACCAGGAAGAAUGGCAUCCCCUUCAAGCUGAGGCCUUUGGAGCUGGCACCACGGGGUUAGCAGAGCCAGGUGGGCUCCAUGGAGGGGGCACCUGGGGGCCAGACCCUGCCCUGAGCCACCUCUGUGCUCUCUCUGCUCCCCUCUCCCCCAAGGGAGCACCUGAACCCCGAAUUCCUGAAGGUGAACCCCAUGGGGAAGGUGCCUGCCCUCAGGGAUGGGGACUUCCUGCUGGCUAAGAGUGUCUCCUGCCCCACUUCUCCUGGCGGCCCAUGGAGAUGCCACGCAGGUAGAGCAGCUGCUGGGGAAGCUGACGCCCGCUCUGGGGCACCUCGAUCAGGAGCUCCUGGCAGCCAGGUCUUUCCUGGCCUCUGGGCAGGUCUCCUGGAGGAUCUGAUGGCAUUCACAGAGCUGAUGCAGGUGAGGUUCUCCUGCCCACUUGCCCCCGGGGGUGCUCUGGGUGCGGGCUGAGCCCAAGCCCCAGCUGCCCUGUUUCCCUAGCCCUCUGCCGUCGGCUGCAACCUCUUCCGAGACUGGCCCAAGCUUGCCACAUGGCAGGCCCAUGUGGAGGCUGCCCUGGGCCCUGAGCUCGUCCAGAAGGCCCACAGGCAUGUGCUUCAGUCUCAGGACCCCCAGGAGGCCCAGUGGGACCCUCAGAUGGCCCAGAAGCUGGCGCAGCUGGUGAAGGAGCAGCUCCACUGAGGGCCAGCCGCGCCCCUGCGGUUUGGGGGCUGCAGUAAGAGUGCUGUGUGCCCAUCACUCGUCUCCAGCCUUGCUCUGCUCUAGUCAAUGGGCUCUUCUGGUUUCUAAACCGUCUGGGAAUCUCCUCAAGUCGAGCAGCUCAGAGACAGCAGCACUCAGGCCCCCCGCAUGACCCUCCUCUGCCUCCGGGUGCCGAGUCCAGGUGCUUGGCUCUCGGGCGCAGCUGGUCCCAACCCCGGCUGGAAGCUUCUGAGCUCCUCUGUGACCCCUUGAGUCCCCGGUGGUGUCACCCAGUGCCCUGACAACCCCCCAGGUUCCGGUUUCUUUCUCUGCACCCAUUUCUAGCCACAGUUCAGGCUAGACGCGCCCCCCCCUCCCCCAUCCCCACUGCUUCUGGAACCUAUAACGCCCCUUUGGUCACUUUCUGCCAUAAAGGCUUGGCCCCAGGAGUUCCUACACGGAAGCCCCUCUCGGAUACGGGCCAGGGGCACACACAUGCGUGCCCCCAGGGAGGGGAAGGGAAAAUUCACAAUUCACAGCACCCCUGCCACCCCAUGUGGUGGCUGUGGGUCUGCUCCCGAGUGUCCUCACAAUCCUUCCCGCUGUGAGUGUUCCAGGCUUCUGGGCCUCAUGGCAACACCAAGAGAACAAUAAGUUCCAGAAUGCGGGGCGCCGGGCCUGGGUGGGUGGGCACAGGGCUAGGGCACAGGCUGCGGUGGGCUGCGUGCGGCUGGGCGUCUGCCAGCCGCGGUGGGGCCCAGCAUGGGCCUGGAGCUCUACCUGGACCUGCUGUCCGCGUCCUGCCGCGCCGUCUACAUCUUCGCCAGGAAGAACAGCAUCCCCUUCGACUUCCAGUUUGUGGAUCUGCUGAAAGGUCACCACCACAGCAAGGAGUACGUCGAGAUCAACCCCCUGAGGAAGCUGCCCAGCCUCAGAGACGGGAAGUUCAUCUUGUCUGAAAGCGUGGCCAUCCUUUUCUACCUGUGCCGCAAGUACAGCGCCCCCUCGCACUGGUACCCGCCAGACCUGCACAUGCGUGCCCGCGUGGACGAGUUCAUGGCCUGGCAGCACACGGCCAUUCAGCUGCCCAUGAACAAGAUACUCUGGAUGAAGCUGCUGAUCCCGAUGAUCACGGGAGAUGAGGUCCCAGCUGAGAAGACAGAGCAGAUGCUGGCGGAGGUGAAGAACAACCUGAAGCUCUUCGAGGAGAAGUUUCUGCAGGACAAGAUGUUCAUCACUGGGGACAACAUCUCCCUGGCCGACCUGGUAGCCCUGGUGGAGAUGAUGCAGGUUUCCAGCGGGGGCAGGCGGACGGGGCAGACGAGGGACUCCCUUGAGAGCGUAACUUGCAGAGAGGCUGGGGAAGUUGGAGCCAUGCCUGGGUGCCUGGCCUUGACCCGGCGGGAACCACGGGAAGCCCAGGUUGGGAACCAGGGAGGAUCAUGGUCGUUAGUGCUUCAGGAAGAGUCCUCCGUGGGGACAGGAGCUGGAGGCCCAUGGCCGGCAACCAUAACGUCUUCCUCAACAGUGCCAAGCUGGCCGAGUGGCGCAUGAGGGUGGAGCUGGCCAUCGGCUCCACUCUCUUCUGCGAGGCCCACGACCGGCUGGUGAAGUUGGCGGAAUGGGACUGCUCCACGCUGGACCCGAUGGUCAAGGAGAGGAUCUGCGAUUUGCUGCAGAAGUUCAAGUAGA